AUGUCAGAAGCUUCAAAGAAGGGGUGUAGCUUUAAUUUAAAGGACAGCGAUGCUGGCCCACCACAGCUGGCUGUUGGUCUUCCAUCCAUAAAAGACGUUACAACAACAUUGAAACAGCCAGAUCUACCCUUUGAUGUUCUACUGUUAACCGUUAAGGACUGUGAGUUCUUAUCCUGUUACAAUCAGCUAAAAGAUCCCUACAGAUAUUAUUACAAGGAUGUUGGUUACGUUUACUUCAACAACGUUCAAAGUCAUGAAGAGAAAGUAAAAGUUGCUCUGCUAAGAUGCAGUGAAGGUGCCAUUGGCCCAAGCAGCUCUCUGAUUGCCGUCAAGAAUGCCGCCCCUAUUUUACAACCCAAAGCCGUGAUAUCUGUUGGGGUAUGCAGUGGCCUCAAUCCUGAUAAAACCAAGUUAGGAGACGUUGUUGUAUCAGCCAAACUAACAACAUAUGGAUCCAAAGUGGUGACAAGCGAGCAAGACCAGUGGGCUGGCAUGAGUAGUCACGUUAGCAAGCUUUUCUCAAAAAUAAUCUUGAACUGCGCUGAUGGAUGGCAGGCACCUUUAAAGAACCCAGAAGAUCGUCACGUCAAAGUUCACCGCGAUGGCGAGUUCUUAAGUGGCCCAGAGCAGAUCAGAGCUCAAUGGCGCCGAAAAGAACUUAUCGACCGCCAUCCCCUCGCGGCAGGAGUAGAGAUGGAGGGAGAAGGUGAGUGCAUGUCACGUUAGCUGUGAACAAUAUCGUUCUUAUACAGCUGUUUCAAUUAACAAUGUCGUAUAAUCAGUAUAAAGGCUUCAAGCCUUCAUCACAAAGACGCAAGGUUAUAUGGGUAGCUUUAAAUCCUUCAGUUGUAAUUCGGUCAUAAAGGUCAGAAAGGUGCGGCUAACAGUACCAUAAGUAUAGGUAAUAGCAUGAUUUGUAGUGAUAUUUGGCAUAAAUACCACAAGUGAUAUUUCAAAAUUGUUAUCCGUAAUUUCACGAGCCGUUAGGCGAGUGAAAUUUGAGACAAUUUUGAACUAUCACGAGUGGUUUUUAUGCCAAAUAUCACGUACAAAUCAUGUUAUUAUUUGUUUAUUCUACUACCCGCAAAAGGUUUGUAAUUUUCACCUGUAGGUAUUUCAAAGUAAGCUGAAACACAACUGCUCUAAGGCAAUCAAAUUGCAGAAAUUUCUCAUGUAGUAGUAUAAAAUACUUUAAAACGUCACAAACGUUUACCUUUAUGGCUGGGAUUGGUAACGAAAUAUUUAUGAAAUACACUGGAGUCCAGUUUCGAGUUCCCUAUGACCGCUGAAUGAAAGAAGUGAAGAAGCAUUUUUUACAGGGUUAGCCUCCACCAAAAGUAAAUAUAUUCUCAAAUCCAACGAGAGGGAAGACCUGUUUGUUACUCUGUUUAUUGUGUAUUCUUAAAUUUCAAACACUUACUUGCCAAAAUUUGUGAAUAUUUUACUUUAUGUCGAGGUUAACGCUCUAUGAAUGUGUCGUUAAUGUUUGUAUUCAGCGGUAAUUUUGAAUUCGAAAAAGGACUAUUAGCCGUACUGCUUUGCAGUCUCAGCAGGUAGGCUUUUUGACAUCUGUUUUGGGAUACAUGUAUUACUCAAAGUUUUUGAAAGAGUAGAGCAGGUGCCAGUGUUUUUUUCUGGGAGGACGCGCGCGCCCGCGGGAGAAAAGGAAAGGAGGGAGGCCUCCUCUCCCCUUCGCCUGUUUUUCUCGAGCGCUUUAGAAAGCGGACCAAAAAAACUAUUACCUUCAUGGUAAUUACUUGGAGUAUUAGUGGUCCGAUGUAUUAGAUCAUAAUGUGACAAUACGUGUUUAAACAAUUCACUGCGAUAACUGGUGCACUGUUUGCGCCAUUUUCGCGCAAAAAUUAUAGAGUAAAAUUGAACAAGAAGCAUACAUGUAAUCGCUAAAAUAAAUGGGAACAUAUGUCUGUGGUGUUUAAGUCUCAUCUGGAAUCGUCUGAAUACGUACGACACAAACAGCUUUCGAUGAAGAUGCAGAACUUUACAGCUGCAAACUUAAGUUAACGGAACGCCAACGGAAUGUGAAAUGAACCUUUUUCGCUUAUAACAAUGAAGUGAUUGGAUAAAACAUGUUCAUUGUAAGAAAGGUUGCUGUCAGCAUAGCCUGCGUAGCAUGGCGGUUUUGUCGAGCCGGGCGCAGGGCUAGGAGCGGCGUUGCCGCGAAAUUCGGGCGCGAAGCGCGCGAGAACGAGCGCCGAAGCCGCGAGAAAAAUAAAAACCGCCUGCCCGGAUUCGUGGCCUUUUCAACUGCCGCCCCCUUCAACUCAUUUUGACAUCCUGUUGACAACUUGUUUGGUUUCAGUUUUCCCAGCCAAUCAGAAAUAAAGUGUUGACAGCCUAAACACGACACAAAAGCUCCUGACCUUGACCUUGGCCGGAAUUGGAGUUUGCUUGAACAGACACAGGUUUUUUCUUUGUGGCUAUCUCGCGCAUAGGUGACUACACUGCGUUCUAAACUUGACUGAGUAGAUCUUAUUUUUGCUGCACUAAGUCUUACAUUUAUUUAGAGGUCAUGAAGUUGGUUUGUUUAAUCCGUAUCGAGUAAUUAUUUCCUGUGGUUAAUGUUAGUGUUGCUAAUUAGAAUUUGUUGAUCUCAGAUGCAGUUGUAAAGUACUAAUUUCUUUGACCACUCUUAAAGCCUAAAGCUCUUUAUUACGGCUAAAAUGCCUGGAUCUGGAUAACUACAAACCAAGGAGCGCUGGUUUGUAGUUUCUUUGUGCGUGAAUGUUUUGACGCUGGGCCCGGCUUUUUAAGUGUUGUUUGCAGGAUGUUGUAUUUUUACGUAUAGCGCGAUCUUCAGAUUUGAGUUGUAGCUUAAACUUAAGCUACACCAAGCAAAAAAGUAUGGAGAAUUACGCUGUGCGUCUUUCUUCUACUGUAUGCCAUUCAUCGACCACAAUCGCGGACACCGUUCGAUGUAUUGCGCUGGAGUGCGUUAUUCUCUAACACCGAGUAAUAGAGAAAAUUGAGGUGAACUUUCUCGAAGCACUGAAAUUUACUGUUUUUGUCAUAAGGUCCAUUGCUGUACAGCUCAGGACAACAUUUCAGAUAUCUGGUCGUCGAUAGUACUUUUUAGAGGGGAAAUUGUGAUCAUACAGGUUUUCGAUGAGGAUAUUUCUUCUUUGGCCAUAGCAAAGACAGUAAAGAUCAUGCUCUUGCCAAAUCUUGUUAACAAAAUUUCCAUGACAUCUCUCUUUUGAAGAAGACUGUAAAUGGCCAUUUCCUGUUUAGGCUUCAAUACAAUGGCCCUGUUUUCCCGUCAAAUAUUCAAGAUCGACUACGCUCCGGUCAACGCUUCUUUGAUAUUUUGAUUUUGUUUUGCGGAGAUGAUUUGUUCAGUCCCUCGAAACUCUCCCAUGGGAGAUUACCAAAAUAUUUGAUUGACAGGCGAACAUUCCGAACCAAUCGGAACGAUCCGUACGCUGGCGUACGGACCGACUCAAAAAAGCCCCGCGUCCGUGCAGGCGGUUUUUCAAGUUGCUCCCGCCUCAAUCUCCUCGCGGUUUCUCUGCCCUCGCCCGCCUUUAUUACGUAGCGCGCCCAACCAAAACCGCCAUGCUACGCAGGCUACUGUCAGCAAAUCAAAAGAAACGGCGUGAAAAUCAUAAUCUGUCGUUGGGAUCUGGCAUCCCUUGAUUCGGUGUUUUCUUGUCUCUGGUCAGUUUACUUCCAGUUUGUAAUCAGAAAGACAUUUUUGUGAAAGUUUAACCGUAAUUAUUGGAAAGAAAGAUUUACACAUGCGUCUAUGCGCAAGGCAAUUAUUUUUUUAGUUUCUUUAAUCCAGAAGACUCGAUUUCCUAAACAGAAUACUUCCUAAUUCUAUUCCAUAUUUCAGGUGUUUUCACAGCUGCAUUUGAUUCUCAACUCGAGUGGCUCAUUGUUAAAGGGAUAGCUGAUUUUGCGGAUGGUGAGCAAGCGACUGCAGAAAGUUGGGAGGCCUGUGCUAGUAUGAUGGCAGCAUCUCUUGUCUCACACAUUUUAAGUGAUCCUUGUGUUUUUCGCACGUGGCCUCAUUACUCAGGUAUAAAUUCUUGUCAGUUUGGUAUGUGAUGAUUAGGCGCAGGGGUAACAGGCCGAAUUUGCCGUCCGUAAAAGAAGUCUUGAAUGUGCGGUAUUGAGUGAGACAGUGCGGAAGCUCAGAUCCGAGAUCAAAAGGCUUGUCAAUAUUUUUGUCCGUUUUGAGAUUCCAUCUUCAUUGCCAAGCGGCGUGAAAUUAAGAGUUAGUUUAAGAAAUUGAAAUUCAGGGUUUAAUUCACGUUCUGGUUCUGCACUUUUUCACACGGACUUUACAAUUCCGAAAAGUAAAACUGUCAAAAAACUACAUACACUCUUCUCUCGUUCUAGCCUAGAUCAAAAACUUAGCGAUAAGGGUAUUUUAAGGCUCUAUUGUCUUUCACACGCGUGUCACUCAAAAAUGUCAGUUUUCAGGUGCUUAAGCGACUUAUCAGUUCAAAUAGUAAGACGAUCGACGCUAAAUAGGCUCGAGGUUCACUUCAGAGUUUGAGGUCCUACAAAACUAGUUCAAAUUCAAAAAGUUCCGUAAUGUCACGCACGAAUUCUGUCACAGUUAGAAAGAAGCACUUGAGAGGAUUGGGGUCGUUACCUCAACAACUUUAAGUCUAGCACAUUGAGAGUUAGACAAACUUCAAGAAAAUGUGCGUCGUUUCUGGUCAAAAAUUCAGAUUAUACAUUCUUUCCAUAGCUAUAAAUUGCGUAUCGACUAAGAGUAAGACAAAAAACGGUAAUGAUGUCUUUGGCUGAUUCUUUCAGUGGACGGUCUCUUGGAGGCUCAGCACGAUAGUUCGAGGAAGCGAAAGCUAGGUGAGAACCAUGCAGGUAACAUAUAAACAUUCAAUUUUUAAAAUGUUCUUCUUUAUUUAAAGCUGACCUAUUUCACUCUUUGCUUCACUUUGAUGUUAAUGAGUCGCCCCACCAAUGCAAUCCGGGAAGUCUUUCGCUCAUGGAAUCCGGAAUUUUGGGCUUUGGAUUCUGGAAUUUAACUCUUGGAUUCCGGAACUCAGCCCCAGGAAUCCGUAAUCCCGCAGCAAUUGGAAUCCGUAAUCCAAGUUCAACUGACAAGGGAUCCGGAAUCCGGUAUGUGGAGUCCAGAAUCCACAGCGUGGAAUCCAUGCCAGGGUCAAAGACUUUCUUGGAUUACCUUAUAUGGGGCGAAAUAAGCAAAACAUUCAUCAUGAGGCGCGUACAGCGCCGCAUAUGCGCCUGACAGAGUUGACUUUAAGUCAGUUUAUUCUUGUGUACGGAAUCACAGUCUAUUAAAAGAAGGAAAUGUGCUAGUAAAUCCACCCAACUCAAACUCAAAUACGCUGUCGUCGGCCUACAGCUAUUUUGAUUAACGUUGCAGUAGGAAAGUCUUUGCGAUGAGAUCGCAAUUCAGUAUGGGUAAUUCCAUAUAAAAUUUACCGAAUUCUGAAGAAGGUAAAAGUUUGUGACGUUUCAUAUAUACCAUUCUGUGGCACUGUCAGCCGUGAAUGUAUGAUAAAAUUGCAAAGAAUUUACAUGCAGCUACCCACAUGACCUUGCAGUCUUGUGGAGUACGCAUGAGACGACGAGGUUAACUGAAAUAGAUGUACAUGAUGUGGCCCGCGUCUCAACCAACGAUCUUCUUCAACAGGUGCUUCUUGCGAUGACCAGGUCUCAAGACAAACCAAAAGAGGAAUGUAUUGUGACCACUUAUCUCAGCAAAACGAAUCCAUAACCCAGCAGCAUCUUGCAGGUAUCUUUCUCUAACAACGCACUGAAAUUGUGACACUUUAUAAGUCUAUAGUCAGUCUAUGGUUCGCAUUAUGUUAGUACAGCUUUCGAAGAAACCAACAGUAAUACCCCUAAAAUGCUCAAAAUUGUGCGGUAUGGUAAAGUUUUCUGCUUUAAUAAAGCUUCUUUUUAUUUAGGAAAAACCUUAGACGCAAAACAGCUUUGAUUUGCGUUUGUAAUGAAUACAUUCACUCAUCAAACAGAGAGUGAAAACGGAGAGUGAUACUGGAGAGAGUGACUAAUUUUCGAGUGGGGCUCGCGUGCGACACACGGCGUCCACGGCGCUCUGUGUCUAACGAGCAGCGUUUAAUUUUCUCAAAGAAAAAUACUGUUUGGCAGUCUAGGAAAAAAAUGAGCCUACCACAAGCCAUUUUAACAUAGAAAAUAGACCUUCCCACGUAUUUUAACAGUUUUGAUUUGGACCAUUUGGCUGGAAAGAAGACCUUAAAAUCACUUGCUGAGUUAAAGAGUGAUUUGGUUAAAACUAACCAACAUGUAGCUCCAAAAAGACGCGAAGUUUUACAGACGUUUGUAUGGAAGAAAGCAAGUUCAUGCCCCCCACCAUACAAAAGUCUGUAUAAGAUUUCGGGACUUUGUCACGGUUGAAGAAUAUCUUCGCUCGCUCUGAACAUAUCGCCUUUAAACAAGGUAAGUUUUAAGGCGCUCUCCAGUAGUGUAGUGUCGAUGGAUAAUUGCUUACUUAAAAUCUUGGAAGGGUCUAUUAAGUGCAAAUUACAUAAACGACGUAAAGACAAACCUGUGUUGGGUUUUGUAAAUAUUUCUUCACAUAAUUCAUGCUUCUUCUUAAUUAGGAUUGAGAAUCAUUAUAGUUAUCCCAAAAAGGUCGUCUAUAUCGAUCUUCAACUCGUUCGUUUUGCAACGUUACAAAAGCAUAAAAGCGUAUCGUGGACGAUAUACAGAGCGUGAACGGCUUGUAUGACAGUAUAAUAAAACCAAAUCGAUCUUAUUUUUUGGAUCUUGUAUUUCUCAGGGGUGCCAGCUAUCAUAGAAAGGAUUCGUCAGCUUUACAAACGUCGUGAAGGACGGCUGGUACCAUUUCCAUGGUGUGAUGACCUUAAUUUCAACUUGAAUGAGAUUUUUACCCGACUGAAGAUCGUGAACAAAGAAAAAACGCGGGGAACAUUGACGGAUGAUGAAAUCACCAACAUGACUGCUAUCUUUAGACCCCACCCUGGUUGCCCGAAACCACGGAUUCUUUUGAUCGAAGGAGAACCUGGCAUGGGAAAAACCACCUACUCACAAAAACUGGCGUAUGACUGGGCAAAUAAACAAGAUGAAUGGGACACGUCUUUUCCAUCAAUUGAAGUGCUGCUCUGGCUUAGAUGCAACGAUGUUAAAUCUGGCAUCUGGGAAGCUAUUGACGACCAACUUCUUCCUGAUGAUAUUGACGAACAGGCUAAGGAGAAUUUUUUCAAAUACAUCCGAGAAAAUCAGGCGAAAUGUUUGCUACUGCUUGAUGGAUUAGAUGAGGCAGAUUCCUUUAAACUGGACAUGUACUACUCGCUCGUUCAGAGCAAACUCCUCCCAGCUUGUCACAUUGUCAUUACAUCUCGCCAUGAGGUUGGAAAGAAAGUAAGGCCAUACUGUGACGCCCUGUGGGAGAUUGUAGGAUUUACUAAAGAGGAUGCGAAAAGUUUUAUCAGGAAGUAUUUUAAAGGCAAGGAACACUUGGCUGAGAAGCUGAUUGAACGAUUGAAACUUCUAGAGUAUGAUGAUGAUCCACUUAAAACGCUAGGCGAGUUAACAAAAAAUCCACUCAAUACAGCUUUACUCUGUUGUCUUUUCGAGGAUUUCGAAGGUGUUCUUCCAACAAGCAGGACUGAGUUGUACGUUGAAAUAGUUGCCUUUGUUUUGAGAAGAUACGAAGUAAAAAACGGACUUAAAAGCAGCGGUGAGGACUUGAUUUCAGGUUAUAAGAAAGAACUUUUGCUUUUGGGCAGGUUCGCGUUAGAAUCCCUGCUUAAAGGAGAGUUGUACUUUGAAAAGAAGGAAGAUACCGUCAAGGGUAUCAAUUUUGGAUUCUUGUCUUUUCAACAAGGUGCCGCCAAGCGCAAACCUUCCACGCGCUGUGCAUUUUUACACAAAAGCUUUCAGGAGUUUUUUGCUGGCCUUUUCCUUGCGUUUCAGGUUAUCAGCAAAGAAAGAGACUUAACCUCAGUUGUAGAUGAUAAGAGAUACUUAGAUAAACUGAGACAGGUCUUUUUGUUCAUGAGUGGCAUCAUAGCCUCACGGAGUGAAGAAACUGCAAUGUCGUUCUUUAUUGUUAUUGCUAAAAAAAUCAGCUCUGCCGAAGACCGUCAAUCAUAUAUGAGUUUAGCUUGUGAGUGUUUGUUGGAAUGUUCAAGUGUCCAGGACAGCCUUGAAACUCGCUUAGUUUCUAGUUUAGGUAAGUACCUUGACAUGUCGUCCCUGACUGAAGUAAAUUUUAGGGGCACAGGGAUACACGAUGCUGGUGCUGCUGCGAUUUCCAUGGCCCUGACAGUAAACUCCUCCCUGACCAGUUUGGGUUUAGGUAGUAACAGAAUUGGCGACGCCGGCGCUUCUUCUCUUUCUCAAGCUCUGACAGUAAACUCCUCCCUGACUAUUUUGGAUUUAGGUGAUAACAGUAUUGGCGAGGCCGGUGCUUCUUCUCUUUCUCAAGCCCUAACAACAAACACCUCCCUUACUAGCUUGUAUUUAGAAGGUAACCGUAUUGGCGACACCGGUGCUUCUUCUCUUUCUCAAGCCCUAACAACAAACACCUCCCUUAUUAGCUUGUAUUUAGAUGGUAACGGUAUUGGCGAGGCCGGUGCUUCUUCUCUUUCUCAAGCCCUAACAACAAACACCUCCCUUACUAGCUUGUAUUUAACUCAUAACAGUAUUGGCGACGCCGGUGCUUCUUCUCUUUCUCAAGCCCUAACGACAAACACCUCCCUUACUAGCUUGUAUUUAAGUCAGAACAGUAUUGGCGACGCCGGUGCUUCUUCUCUUUCUCAAGCCCUAACAACAAACACCUCCCUUAUUAGCUUGUAUUUAGAUGAUAACCGUAUUGGCGACGCCGGUGCUUCUUCUCUUUCUCAAGCCCUAACAACAAACACCUCCCUUACUAGCUUGUCUUUAGGUGGUAACAGUAUUGGCGAGGCCGGUGCUUCUUCUCUUUCUCAAGCCCUAACAACAAACACCUCCCUUACUAUCUUGUUUUUAAGUCAUAACAGUAUUGGCGAGGCCGGUGCUUCUUCUCUUUCUCAAGCCCUAACAACAAACACCUCCCUUAUUAGCUUGUAUUUAGAUGCUAACCGUAUUGGCGACGCCGCUGCUUCUUCUCUUUCUCAAGCCCUAACAACAAACACCUCCCUUACUAGCUUGUAUUUAAGGUAUAACAGUAUUGGCGACGCCGGUGCUUCUUCUCUUUCUCAAGCCCUAACAACAAACACCUCCCUUACUAUCUUGUUUUUAAGUCAUAACAGUAUUGGCGAGGCCGGUGCUUCUUCUCUUUCUCAAGCCCUAACAACAAACACCUCCCUUACUAGCUUGUAUUUACAUGAUAACCGUAUUGGCGACCCCGCUGCUUCUUCUCUUUCUCAAGCCCGCACAGCAAACUCCUCCCUCAAGAAUCUCUCCUUUUGA